AUGGGCACUUGUCGAAAAUCCGUAUUAAUUGCGGCUGUGUGCCUAAUCUUUUGGACCUGUGCCGGCUUGGCCCAGGAGAACAAUGUCCUCUUUGAGACUAUCAAUUUCCUGCGACGCGGUCAAGCGGAUCUUGAGUUGGAGAACUUUGACAAUAAUCUGGUUAUGGAUUCGGAAUAUGAUUUCAUAGUUGUGGGUGCCGGUACAGCGGGUUGUGCCCUCGCUGCCCGUCUCUCGGAGAAUCCCCAGUGGCGUGUACUCCUCCUGGAGGCCGGCGGACCCGAACGUUUGGUCAUGGAUGUCCCCAUUGUGGCACAUUUCCUGCAGUUGGGUGAAAUGAAUUGGAAGUAUAGGACCCAACCGUCGGAUCAUGCCUGUCUGGCCAUGAAUAACAAUAGAUGCAAUUGGCCACGCGGGAAGGUAGUUGGUGGCAGUUCUGUGCUCAACUAUAUGAUGUAUACCCGUGGCAAUCGCCGGGAUUAUGAUCGCUGGGAGGAGCUGGGCAAUCCGGGUUGGAGUUUCAAGGAUGUCUUGCCAUAUUUCAAAAAGUACGAAGGUAGCAGUGUACCCGAUGCCGAGGAGGAUUAUGUGGGUCGCAAUGGUCCCGUCAAAGUGAGCUAUGUGAAUUGGCGUUCCAAGAUUGCCGAAGCCUUUGUGGAUGCCGCCCAGCAGGAUGGUCUCAAGUACAGAGAUUAUAAUGGUAGAAUCCAAAAUGGAGUGGCUUUCCUGCAUACCACCACUAGGAAUUCAACCAGAUGGAGCUCCAAUCGUGCCUAUUUGUAUCCCCUGAAGGGUAAACGUAGCAAUUUGCAUGUAAAGAAACACGCUUUGGUCACCAAAGUUCUAAUUGAUCCACAGACCAAGACUGCCUAUGGCAUUAUGGUUCAAACAGAUGGAAGGAUGCACAAGAUUUUGGCCAGAAAAGAGGUCAUUGUUUCCGCAGGAGCUAUCAAUACACCACAAUUGUUAAUGUUAUCAGGUGUGGGUCCCGCCAAACAUCUCAGAGAGGUGGGAAUUAAACCAAUUGCUGAUCUAGCCGUGGGUUAUAAUCUUCAGGAUCACACGGCACCGGCGGUUACCUUCACCACAAAUGCCACUUCUUUGAAGUUUGAGGAUUUCGCUGAUCCCACUUUGAUCAAUAGAUUUAAUAGAAUGGAGGGUCCCUAUGGCUCACCCGGUGGCUGUGAGGCAAUUGCUUUCUGGGAUUUGGAUCAUGAACGCGAUGAGGAUGGUUGGCCAGAUAUUGAGCUGUUCUUGGUCGGUGGAUCCAUGUCCUCCAAUCCUGCUAUAUCUCGUGCCUUUGGUUUAAAGAAGAGCAUUUACGAUUCCCUGUUUGCUGAGAUUGAGGACAAGUCACUCAAUGCCUUUAUGAUCUUCCCCAUGAUCUUGAGACCCAAGAGUCGCGGUCGGAUUAUGUUAAAGAGCAGUGAUCCCUUCAAAUAUCCCUUGAUUCAUGCCAAUUACUUUGCUCAUCCCUAUGAUGUGGACAUCUCAGUUCGAGGACUUUUGAAGGCCAUUAGUUUGAUGAAUCAACGUGGCAUGGAGGCCAUUAAUGCCAAAUUGUGGGAACGUAAGAUUCCCACUUGCAAGCAGCAUCCCUACAAGAGUUGGGCCUAUUGGGCCUGUUAUGUUCGUCACUUUACCUUCACCAUUUAUCAUUAUUCUGGAACCGCAAAAAUGGGACCCAAAUCGGAUCGAGCUGCUGUGGUCGAUGCCCGUUUAAGGGUUCAUGGCAUCAAGAAUCUUCGCGUGGCUGAUGCCAGCAUUAUGCCAGAGAUUAUGUCCGGACAUCCCAAUGGUCCAGUGUUUAUGAUUGCCGAAAAGGCAGCGGAUAUGAUCAAACAGGAUCAUGGUUUUAUACAAUAG